AUGGAUAGCUCUAAUAGAUCUCAAAGGUCUGAUGGGUCUGAAAGGUCUGAUGGGUCUGAUGAGUCUGAUGGGUUUGACAGAUCCGAUAAACCAAGUGUAUUCUCCGGCCCUUCCACUAGACCUACUGUUCCAUCCACAAAUCAAUCCUCAACCAAAAAGACUUCUAUUCAGUCCAACGUCGUGGGCACUUCGCUACGAACCUCUCAGUUAGAAAAGCUAGAUAAGGAUACAGAAGAUCUUAAAAAUUUGUCUGAAAGAAUUACUUCAUUAACUGAAAAUUAUGAUUCAAAAGUCCCUUACAAGAUAAGCGAAGAUUUGAAAGCCUUUAAACCCACAAAGCAAACCAAUGAUUAUUUGAAUUCCAACAAAAAUAAAUACAUAUACAAUAUUCUUCGCAAAAUACUAUACUUGCACGAUGUCGUUUUACCGUUGGAUUAUUUUCUACUUGGUGAAGCAAAUCGAACCUUUGAUAUUCAUAAAAUGUUGUUGUUAGAAGGGUUUUGCGAGUUUCUCAAAAAUUGCAAAAUUCUCACCACACUGGCUAAUGAAACUGUUCCUCAUCCCUCUAUUUUCGCACUAGUUGACGAAGGUUCAACUCAUAUUAGUGAAAUUAUGGAAGAAAUUCCGAAUCUAGGAAUCCAAAAUGUCUUUGAUCAAGAUGGUUCUUUUUUGGCUCCAGUUUCAAGAGGCUUUCGAACUAAGGAUACUUAUCUUACUAUUCCAACUAUAAUAUAUGGUUUAAAAAAACCUGACAAAAAACACUAUAUAGAUGUAAAAGGUCUAUGUCAUACUUUCCCUGAUAUUCAUUUUUCAAUACAAAAAAAUUACAUUGCUUCUGCUUCUGCGAUUAAUGAAACUGCUCCUCCUAAUUUCAGCUCUAUCCCCCAAAAUAAUCCCAAGUACUAUCAUAACAAAUCUUCUCCAAAAUUAUUCUACAAUUUACCUCCUAUUGAUCCUCCAUUCCGUUAUCCCAAAGAUCCAAACCAUAUCACAAUGUCCCUAUCUCUAGGUCCAUAUCAAGCUGGAAUCUCUGGAACCUUGGGUGGUUUUGUUUAUCCAAUAUUUCCCGGCGAUAAAUAUGAAAACAAAAACUAUAGUACAUAUGCCUUAACUUGUGGUCAUGUUUGCAUAACGGAUCGAGAUGACAAAACCUAUAGACCUUGGAUCAACGUUCCCUCUCCUGCCAAUUUAAAUUCAUUUAAAGAUGCCUUGAUUAGAGAAAGAUCAAAGAAAAAGGAACAUUCUUCAGGAUACAGCACCUACAAUAAGGCCUACAAUUGGCUAGAUGGCUUUUUUUUACAAAAUUUACAACAAAAUCCACCAACAAUGGGAACCUUGGGAAAAGUAGCGUUUGCUGAGAGAACCAUCGAGUCAAACUAUCUUCUAGAUUAUGCUGUAAUAGAGUGCAAACCAGCUCUAAAAUGCGAAAACAUAUUAGGCGAUGAUAUUCGUUUUGCAGAACAUGAUACCAGCUUAGUCUGUAAUAAUAAAGUUUGCAAAGUUAUUAAAAAAAUUAGACCUGGCUCAAAGGUUUUCAAGUUUGGAACAACUACUAAAUAUACCUCAGGAGUUCUCAAUAAACCGAGAAUCAUAUGGUGGGCUGAUAAUCAAAUAAAAAGCAGCGAGUUUGUAGUUUGUUCCACAAACAAUUUUGCUGAAAGAGGUGAUUCUGGCUCAUGGAUUUUACAGAAAUUGGAAGAUAGUAUAGAAAAUGAAUUGGAUGAAUCUUUGAAACCAACUAAUAGUGGAUCGCAAAGGAAGCAGUCAUUUGGUACUGGCUUAAAAACUAUAAAUGAAAUUGAAGAUAGAACAGAAUUGGAAUCUAGAACCGGAUUAGGUGUUGUUGGAAUGUUACAUGCUUAUGAUGGGGAAUUCAAACAAUUUGGAAUUUAUACACCAUUAGUAAGAAUUUUAGAACGAUUAUAUUGGUCAACCGGAUUAAUAUGGGGAGUUGUUGGUGUUCCUGAAGAGAAAGGAGAGGAAGAAGAAGAAGACAAUGAUGAAGAUGAAGAUGAAGAUGAAGAUGAAGAUGAAAGUCAGGGCGAACAAGAAGAUGCUGAUGGAAGUGAUCGCUCGAUAGGUAGUUCAGUUGAAAGUAAUUUUAAAUAA